AUGUCGCGGGAGGAGGAGACACCCCCCCAGCCACAGGGGCAGCGCGGAGAGGAGGGCGGCCGGGGGGAUGAGGCCACCGAGGCUCGGCAGGCUGCAGUCCCGUCCGCCCCAGCCCGGCCGUCCGACGUCAGCAGCAGGCACGUCCUCCCGCUCCAGCGGCGCUCUUCCCCGGGCUGCGUUAGGAGACGCGGGAUCGGAGUGCGGCCGCCCCGCCGCCACCACCGCCCGCCUUUCAAACGCGCGCCUCCCCGGCAGGUCGGGCCGAGCGUCCUGGGGCGAAGGGGGUGGACCCUCACCGCCCAGGCCCCGCCCCCUGCCAGUCCCGGGCCCCGCCCCCUGACUCCGCGACCCCGCCUCGCGUCUGCCCCCGCCCCCCGAACCCCGCCCCCCACCCCGCCCCGGGGGCGCCCCGGGACCAUCUCCCCCGACCCGAGGGGCCACCCACAGCCCCGCGCGCCCCCGCUCACCUGGCCGCGCGCCCCCGGCCCCCCCUCACUCGGCGACCAGCGCCGCAGCCCCGGCCCCUCCCGCCGCCAUCUUGUGCCGACUCCCUCCGCCCUCCGCCUCCGCCCCGCCUCCCGGACCUGCGACCUUAAAGGCGCAGGCCAGCGCCCCUCCCCCUGCCGUUUCCCACUGCCGACCGGUGCCGGCUUCCGCCGCUCAGGCUCCACCCCGGCCGUGGCCCUUCGCGGGCUCGCGGGAUCUAACAGCCUCUUCCCAGCAAAUGACGGGCCCCCUGAGGCCCCGCCUCCCUCCGGAUUGGCCGGGUAA